AUGGGAUCAGUGCUCGCAAAAAGCGAAAAACUCAAGGAUCCACUGUUCGAUGACAUUGGUAAUGGAUUCGUCGAUAAUGAAUUUAUUAAUAAUGGACAGCAUUUGCAACAGGCCGAGAGCAAACCGCCUGAUAAUAAUCCUGGGACCUUUGAAGAACUCCAUAAAUUGUGCAAGGAUGUCAUGCCUGUGACGUUCGAAGGAGGAAAAAUCAUUUUGAAUAAAAUGCUAAGUAAUAAUUUUCAGAUUUCCCAUACUGUCAAUCUGGGGGCUAAUACUGGGGCAAGUGGAUACAGAUUUGGCAGCACUUAUGUUGGCUUGAAACAGUUCUCGCCGACUGAGAGCUUUCCUGUUCUUUUUGGAGAUAUUGAUCCACAGGGUAAUCUAAAUGCCAAUAUUGUUCAUCAGCUGACAGACAGAAUUCGAUGCAAAAUAUCAACUCUCAUUCAAAAUAGUAAAGUCGCAGGAGCCCAGGUUUCAGCAGAUUAUCGAAAGGAAACUUACACAUUAUCGUGUACAGUGUGCAAUCCUAAUAUCAUAAAUUCAUCAGGGAUGUUCCUGGCUCACUAUUUACAGAAUAUUUACCCUGGUCUAGCUAUGGGAGCAGAAUUUGCCUACCAGUGCAGCAGGCAAAUUCCUGGCGGAGAAGCAGCUGCUUUCGCCGGUGCAGCACGUAUAGAAAAUGGAAUAGUAUCAUUGUCUGGAACUUUUGGCCAAACAGGAUUGCAUUUAUGCUUUUACAGGAAGGCGAGUGAACAACUUCAAAUUUCAGCCGAAUUUGAAACUAAUUUCAAAUCGCAGGAAGCGGUUGGCACCAUCGGAUAUCAAGUAGAUUUGCCCGCUGCAGAUCUGGUCUUCCGAGGUUCCAUAGACACAAAUUGGAAUGCCUCCGCAGUAUUCGAAACCAAAAUUCGUCCCUUGCCAGUAAACUUUGCCCUCAGUGGUCUACUCAACCACCAGAAGAGCCAAUUUCGCUUAGGAUGUGGUGUAGUAAUAGGAUGA